GAACGGGCGCACGGGCCCUCUCCCCGACGGCUUGAGAUGUGACCAAUAGGGAUGUCGAGUCAGGAUUGACAGGCCCAGCAUCCUGUCGGCAGGAAACAUGUGCCGCGCGGCCCGCCCCCUGCUCCGGGCCGCCAGCGCCCGCCAACACCCGGCCGCGGCAGCAGGGCCAAUGCGGCGCGGGGGGCGGGCUGCGGGGCGGGGAUUGUUUACGUCUCGUUCGGGAGCUGAAAGUAGGUCACGGCCGCCCGGCGGAACGCGGCGGCGGCGACAGAUCCUGUCCACCAUGGCCAGGCGUCCUCGCAGCAGCACAGCUUGGCAUUUCGUCCUGAGUGCAGCUCGCCGAGAUGUGGAUGCCCGGGCCGUGGCUCUGGCGGGGAGCGCUAACUGGGGCUACGACUCAGAUGGGCAGCACAGUGACUCUGACUCGGACCCCGAGUCCUCAGCCCUGCCGCCACCCAUCCCUAGCGCCGUGCCCGUGACCGGGGAGUCCUUCUGUGACUGUGACAGUCCGAGUGAGGCCUCCUUCUGCAACAGCCUGCACGCGGCACACCGGGGCAAGGACUGUCGCUGCGGCGAGGAAGAUGAGUAUUUUGACUGGGUGUGGGAUGACCUGAAUAAGUCUUCGGCCACCCUGCUGAGCUGUGACAACCGCAAGGUCAACUUCCACACGGAGUACAGCUGCGGCACGGCGGCCAUCCGGGGCACCAAGGAGCUGGGGGAGGGCCAGCAUUUCUGGGAGAUCAAGAUGACCUCUCCCGUCUAUGGCACCGACAUGAUGGUGGGCAUCGGGACAUCAGACGUGGAUCUGGACAAGUAUCACCACACAUUCUGCAGCCUGCUCGGCAGGGACGAGGACAGCUGGGGCCUCUCCUAUACGGGGCUCCUCCACCACAAGGGCGACAAGAUGAGCUUCUCGUCGAGAUUCGGCCAGGGCUCCAUCAUUGGUGUGCACCUGGACACCUGGCAUGGCACGCUGACCUUCUUCAAGAACAGGAAGUGCAUAGGUGAGGGCGGCUGGGCCCGGGCCCCCGGGGCCGGCAGCUGGAGCCCCAGGCCAAGCACCCCAGGCUCCCCAAGGGGCUGUCCUCACAGAAGCCUGAGGCGCCGGGAUCCCCGGCGAGAGAGUCGUCAGGGAUGUCCGUGUCCUCGGAUGCCGUCGGGGGACACGCAGCCCCCACAGGGGGCCAGAGCUCAGGCUAUGCUCCCUGCUCCCGCAGGCGUGGCGGCCACCAAGCUGCAGAACAAGAAGUUCUACCCGAUGGUGUGCUCCACCGCGGCCAAGAGCAGCAUGAAGGUGAUCCGCUCGUGUGCCAGCGUCACGUCCCUGCAGUUCCUGUGCUGCUACCGCCUGCGCCAGCUGCGGCCCGACUCCGGGGACACGCUGGAGGGUCUGCCCCUGCCGCCCGGCCUGAAGCAGGUGCUGCGCCACAAGCUGGGCUGGGUCCUGAGCAUGAGCUGUGGCCGCCACAAGCCCCCCGCGCCCUCGCCCAAGGCCAUGGCCGAUCCCGGCGGCCCUGAGACCCGGCGCUGCCAGAGGAAGCGCUGCCGACGGACCUAACUUGUUUUCCAACGAAAACUGCUUUUCCGGGCCGAGGUGGCGCGUUCUCCGUCCCUCCCUUUUGGGCCACGCUCCAGGGCAGCAGACGGGACGGAGCUGAGGUCUGUCCCUCUGCCACCCGAGGCUGGGACAGGCCCCGCGCUCCUGAAAGCAGAACCGUCCAAGGGCACCUGCUUCCUGCGUUGGGUGUGGGGGCGGCCGUCCUGGCUCUUUGGGACUGACCGCGGGCCCGGGCGGCUGUUGUGGGCUGCGGAGGACACACGUCAGAGGCGGCACCGCGGCUGCCGCCAGCCGGGGCUCUUUCUUAACUUGCCUUUUGCAUGUCGUCAGCUGCUGUUUCUCCCGUCCCAGGCUGAAAUGACCCUAAUAAACUCGGCGUUUGGGCAA